CGAGACCGCGCGCGCGUCCCGUCCGCAGACGCAGAAUCCAGCGUCCGUCGUCGUCGGCCCGCGUUUGUGUUUACGUUUGCGUCUACGUUUACGUGCGUGGCCGCCGCACUUUCUAGCCGCAGCCCGGCCGCUUUCUCCGAGCGGGUAAAUUAGUUCCUUCGUUUGUUUGCUCGCUCGUCGGCACCGGCGUCGACCGACGGUAAUCGUGGAUCCUGUCCAACAAGGCCCAGGGGCCGACCCAGUGUCGCAUGUGAAAUUAUCUUCGCUCCUUGCAACCAAAAUUUUUCCUGUCUGAAUAACGUUAAUGAUUAUUCUAACAAUUGAUCACAAGAUUUCAAUUUUUUUGCGACGUAAGGUAAAAAAUCAAACUCAACUGAAGUGCAUGUGUCCGUGAGUGCGAAAAAAAUGUACGCGUGAAUUUGUUGUCUUCAACGGUUUUAUCAUUGUUUCACCAUCACUAAAAUCGAUUUAUCAAACGGAGUGGAACGAACAGUCAUGAAAACGCCUAACUGAAUAGUGCGUGUUUGAAAAUCUCUUUAAAGUUUACAAUCAACCGUAAAUACUUUCUUCAAAUGGUUCUAUUAGUACCGAUGUUCAAAGAACGGACCGUAGAACGUAGUUUAAUAAUCGAUACAAACGCACAGUAAUUGAACAUCGUUUUAAAGUUAAUAAUCGAGCGUCUUGAGUGGUUUCAUCAGUGUUUCGUCCUCCCCAAAGUGAAACAGCCGAUCCUACCGGACACUUUCACCCAACGAGUCGUCGAAAAAAAUCCAAUGCAACUUCCGAACCAGUGAGAAAAUGUUCAAGCUCGGCGUUUUCGAGAGCUCCCUGCGCAACAGCCCGGACACAGCGAAGCGGACACUCAAGAAACCGGGCGUCCGCAAACCCACCGGCGUCUCCCCGCUCAAACCCGCCGCACCCGCCAAGAAGCACGUCUCCAUCGUCAACGUCGGAGACGUCACUCGAGUCAGAGUGGACGACGUCACCCGGGGGAGCGCUGAUGACGUCACCCGAGUCAGAGUGGAUGAUGUCACCCGGGGGAGCGUGGAUGACGUCACGCGAGUGAGGGUGGACGACGCGACGCGGGCGCCGAGCGACUCGGACAGCGGCCAGGAGUCGAUGUCGUCGGUGACGGACGGGUGCGCGAAGCCGCGGAUCGUGAGCCAGGUCCUCAAGACGGACGUGGGGCGGAGCCCGGAGGACGAGAAGCUGGCGGCGAGGAGGCGGAGGCUUCAACGGAACCACGAGCACGUCGAGAGAUCCGACUCGGAGCUGUCGGAGGUCAUCAGGAACUCGGUCGUCGAGGCCAACGGCGCGGCCAAGAGGGUCGUGGACUGGGGCAACCAGGAGAGGGUCAACUCGGAGUCCUCGGAGGGCAUCACGUUGAUAAAUGGUUGCAGCGAGUCCAAGAAGAAGCUCCAAGAACUCCCGGAGCGGCGAAACCACGAACCUGCCAAGCGGACAGACUCCGAGUCUUCGGAGGUCUUCAAAAACCAAGACGGGAAAUCCUCCCUCGCCAGUUCCAGCGAGUCCGUUUAUUNAGAGCCUUCAAAAUUAAAAGUGAUCACAAUAUUUCAAGUUUUUUGCGACGUAAAGUGA